ACGUUUCGUGCUGGUGACGUAAAAAGGUCUUUGGUCACCAACGCCAUUUUCUUGUCGCCGUCAGCGGGGAGAAAGGGCUGGUUAAGGCCGCUUGUAAACUACAAAAGAGUGGAGACUUGCUCUUUCGCCGUGAUAUUACGCGAGGAAACCAGCUCGCCGCAUGAGUUAAUGGACUGCCUGCUGCUCGAUGCGUACCCUCGCGACAAAGUUGGUGUAGCUUUCCCCCGGUCGAAGAUGGACGACAGUGCGGCGAGGGAAGAUGCCUGCCAAGAGUAUCAGUCCUCGCUGGAAGACCUCACGUUCAACAGCAAGCCGCACAUCAACAUGCUGACCAUUCUGGCCGAGGAAAACGUCAACUUCGCCAAGGAUAUCGUCGCGAUAAUUGAAGCACAAAUAAGCAAGGCCCCAGCAGCUGAGAAGCUUCCAGUUUUGUACUUAGUGGAUUCCAUAGUGAAGAAUGUUGGAGGAGAGUACCUCGCAGUGUUUGCUAAAAACCUAAUCACUUCAUUUAUAUGUGUCUUUGAAAAGGUGGAUGAGAACACAAGAAAGAGUUUGUUCAAGUUGCGAUCAACAUGGGACGAGAUUUUCCCUCUGAAGAAACUGUAUGCACUAGACGUACGUGUCAACUCUGUGGAUCCGGCGUGGCCCAUCAAGCCUCUGCCGCCUACAGUCAAUGCCAGCAUCCAUGUCAACCCAAAGUUUUUAAAACAGUCCGAGGAGGCCCCUUCUCGGCCUACACCCUCACAACUGCCUCCGCCAGUAAUUCAGUCCAGCUUGACUCAAGAGCAGAUGAUCAGACAGCAGCUAUUGGCCAAGCAGAAGCAGCUUCUUGAGCUUCAGCAGAAGAAGAUUGAGCUGGAACUGGAGCAGACCAAAGCACAGCUGGUGGGAGGAUUUUCAUUAUUAACACCAACCCCAGUACCGCUCGUGACAUCACCGAAGCCAGUUGGGCAGCCUACCCCUGUGGUUCGACCCAUGAUUGCGCCUCAGCCUCCAAGUGACCCUAAAUUACCCACUAGAGACCCGCGUCUGAACCGCAUAGGACCCCCAGGACCUUUGAAAAACAAAGCGCAGCCUGCUGAGCAAAAGGAAGUCCCUCCUACAAUAGUAAUGCCUGUUGUAACGCCAGAGAAACGAGCAGCUGAAAAAACACUUCAUUCAGAAAAGGGAUGCAUCCCAAGAAAGGAUGAGAAGCUCAACACAAAGUCUCCUCCAAUCACUAAAAAUGUUCAGAUUAAAAACAAGCAUCCUGAAGUUGAGAGCCACAAGUCGACAGACAGCACAAAGAAAGACCCCCGUUUGAAAAAACGUGUCCUGGACAAGGCCGGAGAUGGCAAAGAUGAUGAGCAAAAGGAGAAGAAAAGAUGCAGCGACAAGCGAGAUGAGUCGGCACGGUUCACCGAGGUGCCAAAAGCCUAUAGAGGAAGGCUGCAGAACGGCCUGGUGACCAAACGUGAGCACAGCGAGUCUGCAGAGAAGGUCGGCGGCAAUGCCCGAACACAUGCCAGAAAACGCACACGCUCUAGGUCCAAAUCGCGCUCUCCGAACUCUCCAAAGAGAAAAGGCAGAAGGUCACCCAAGAGCAGAACCAGGAGUACCUCCUUAUCACCGUCGCCAUCGCACAAGGCAGGAAAACCCAGGAGGUUCAGGGGUGAUGAACCAGCGCAUGGAAAGAACACAAGAGAUGAUCGACCGGCGCCCAAGAAAAACCAGGUGGAGAGCAGGCGCUCCAAGACGCCGGUGGAUGAGCGCAAGCCGCCAGUGGAGGAGCGCAAGCCGCCGGUGGAGGAGCGCAAGCCGCCGGUGGAGGAGCGCAAGACGCCGGUGGAGGAGCGCAAGACGCCGGUGGAGGAGCGCAAGACGCCGGUGGAGGAGCGCAAGCUGCCGGUGGAGGAGCGCAAGCUGCCGGUGGAGGAGCGCAAGCUGCCGGUGGAGGAGCGCAAGCUGCCGGUGGAGGAGCGCAAGACGCCGGUGGGGGAGCGCAAGAAGCCGGUGGAGGAGCGCCGUUCCAAGACCCCGGUGAACGAGCGGCGCUCAUCCUCCAGGACGCCCGUGGAUGAGCGCCGCUCGUCCUCCAAGACGCCCGUGGGUGAGCGCCGCUCGUCCUCCAAGACGCCCGUGGACGAGCGCCGCUCGUCUUCCAAGACGCUCGUGGACGAGCGCCGCUCCAAGUCCAGAGAGUCUCCACGGAGCCACGACGGAGGCAGUAACCAGGCCAAAGAUCCUCUCCGCUGGAGGAGUGGCUGGGAUGAGAACAAACAUCUUAAGCCUGGAGACUCGCACACAAAGCAGGGACCCCAGAGGCACAAAACCUACAACACUCCAACCCGACCCACCACCCCCCGUACCCCGAAACACCGUCUCAGUGUGGACGCCAACCUUCAGAUACCUGAAGUCCUCAACUCUGCGUCCAAGAAAGACCUGCUCAGAAGAGCAAGCAAGAGCUUGGAGAGUGGUGAGAUUUCACAGGAGGACUUCCUGAAUAUGGCCCAUAAGAUCAAGAACUUCUUCCAGUAUCAGGAGGAGAAGCAACAGCAUCCAGAAAAUUGGGACGCUGCCGCAAACUUUUCUGCCAGGAAGACAUUGCUGGCCAUACCUCCUGAGCCCCUGGACCAGGCUCAGUUGACUUACUUUGAGCACAAGUCCAAGCUGAGGAAGACGCAGGUGGCGCACCGCACCGCCGGGGAAGACUGGGAUGGUUUGGAGGAAUGUGAAGGACCAGGCAGGGCACCACGGGAUCAAGAAGAGAGGAGAAGCAUAGAACGCGAGGAAUCCAGACCUCCGCUCGCCCCCAUGAUAGAGGAAUACAACCAUGGCAAAGAGUUCCCCGCGCUUAAAUCUCUGCCAGGCCUUCGCUUCAGAAGGAGGGCUGACCCCAGAGAGUCCAGCGAAAGAGAGUGGAACUCCCCCUUGACUGAGCGUCAACGUGAGGAACAGAAGAGCGGCUAUGACGCUCCCCGGCGGUACGCCCCGUCAGCCGAGUCCAGGCAUCCUGACCCACGGCGUCUGGAUGGACCAUCCCACCCCAGCGGCCUGGUUGUCAGGAACUGUCCGAGCCCGUGUGCUCUGGAAACUCCGCUCACGGUGUUUGAGCGUGAACGCCUGUCACCGCUCCACCAGAAAGACAUGGCGGACAUGAGCCCUGUUCCACGCUUUGAGAGUCCCAACAGUGAACACUCAGAUGACGGGCCGCUCCCUUCCGAACCACUCCUCGCCCCUCAAUCCAUCCUCCAGGGGCCUGUGCUUGGUGCGCUGUUGUCUAAUAUUCAUCAGUCAAGUAAUUCCCCAGGACACACCCCUCCGCACGAAGGUGGCCCCCCACUUCCCUGCUUUGACGCUCCUGGAAACAUGGGCCCGUCGAGACCAAACCCUCCAGGCUGGUACAAUGAGCAAUCCCACUUUGAGAGUCUUCACACAGGCAGGCCCAUUCAUCACAACAUGCCAGAGAGGUUUAACGGACCACACAUUCCACAGGGACCAUUGAGAAGUACGGACAAUAUGGGUCGCUUUGACGGUCAUUUGGGCCCCCAAAGGUUUGAUGUACCGGGCCCUGGGCACUUUGACAAUGCAGUCCAAUGCUUUGACAACAACCUGGGUCCCGGUCCUGUACCAAUGGGCUUGCAGCAGCAGAGGCCAAUACCCUUUGAGAACCCUGCAUUGCGGUUGGAAGGCUCUGUCAUUCCAAUAUGUUAUGAGGCACCCGGCCAGCCGGGACCACGGUUUGACCUAUCUCCUCAGGGCUCGCACUUUGACGGGCCAACCAGCCAGCAGGGCCCCCUAAGGUUCACGUCCAUACCGAUGGGGCCGAUGCCUCCUCCCAUGUACGAUAACAAUAUCCCCCCUCAUCAAAACUUCCCAAUGGCCCAGCAGCCAUUCCCGGACGCCAUCAACCCUCAGUUCCACCCUGCCCCAAUGGCGUUCUCCACACCGCCGAGCUUGCAGCCCACGGCUAACUUUAACAUCCUGCCCGGGCCUGCGUUCAGCCAGCCGGGCGCUGACCCCUUCUUCAACCCCGCCGUAGCUUCAGUCAACAUGCAGCCGACGGUGAACGUGUUGAACAUGAACCAACCUUUCCUGCCUCAGAACCCAGCGCCUUUUGCACAGCCAGUCCCCCAAAUGCCCCCAACAGAGAACCACUUCGGUCAGGUUGACGUCAACGACUUGCUUUCCAAACUCGUCUCCACCGGCAUCAUCAAAGGGUCGCAGCCCGAAACGACAGCCCCCAUGUGCGAGUUACCUUCAGCGGGACCAGAGGCGCCUCCUGUAGAGGAGGAAGAGGAGGACGAGGUGGAGGAUGAUUUCCCCGACCUCACCAACUUCAAGCUCGACGAUAUGAAACAACGUUACGAGAGCGUCGUGACCAAACUGUACUCGGGUAACCAGUGCUGCUUGUGCAGCAUGAGGUUCACAGCCGCACAGACUGACCUGUACGCUGACCACCUGGACUGGCACUUCAGGCAGAACCAUGCUGGCAAGGUGGCCGGCAAAAAGAUCACGCACCGCCGCUGGUAUUACGGCCUCACGGACUGGAUUGAGUUUGAGGAGAUAGCCGACCUGGAGGAGCGAGCCAAGAGCUUGUUCUUUGAGAAGGAGACUGAGGAGGAGGUACAGAAGAACCAGGCGGCGGCCAAAGAGAAGGAGUUUCAGAGUGUCAAGGCCGCUAAAGAUCAGGUCGCAGAGUUGUGCGAAAUCUGCCAGGAGCCUUUCGAGACAUACUGGGUGGAGGAAGAGGAGGACUGGUUCCUCAAGAAUGCCAUUAGAGUCGACGAUAAGAACUUCCAUCCUUCCUGUUUCGAAGACUAUAAAAACACAUCUUUGUACAUGGAUGUAACGCCAUCGCCCAACAAGGUGCUGAGCGAACACCCACUGGGCAUCUUCAUAAAGGCCGAGAAAGAUGACAAUUCACAGUGUUGCACCUUUGAGGCCUCGAUCAAGCAGGAAGCUGAUCCUGAGGAGGGUGAAGGCGAGCAACCAGCGAAGAGGCAGAAAGUAGAGGAGCUGCUUUUAACAGAUUUGCAAUCAGAAGAGGACAGACUGUGAUCAGCUUUUCAGCUGCUCUUUUUCUUUGUUUUGAAGGAAAAAGUCUUUGGUUGAUCGGCGAUUUAACUUGAAUACAUUUUGGUAUUUGUGCCGAGCACUUCACACUGCUGCUGCUUCGAUAAGUGGAAUUUUUCAUUUUCGGGCUCAACGUGUACAUGAUUUAAUUUAUACAUUAAAGUAUUUUUGGAAUCUCUGGUGUACCAGUGAUUUGAAUGAAAACAACUGGUCUAAGUUGUAGUUUGGAUAACUCCUCAUUUGCAUGAGUUGAUGAUGGGCAGUUGCACGGGUUCAGUUUAUGGCCACGAUGAAGGUAAGCAUCAAUCCAUUGGUCCAUGGAAGAUCACUUGGUCAACAAAGUUGCAGGCCAUUUUUUCGGUGUUCGGUUUCAAUAAAGAUUCAGAAACUUUUUGUGUGAUUGUUCUUUGGUUUAAUUGUUCUGAUUUUGAAAUUAAAAAUAAAGGUGUGGUGAAUUUAAA